CCUCGCGUCAACACGGCGGCGGCUUCCCGGAGCGUCCGGGCGCUGGCGGACUGGCGCGCAGCUCGACGGCUCUCAGGCGGCCCGGCUGUUGAGCGGCGACCGGCGCCAUGGCGGAGGCAGCGCCUGCUCGGCAUAGACGAAAACGGCGCUCUGCACCUUUAACAACUUCAACACCUUCACAAGCAACAGAAAAAAGCUCGUAUUUUCAGACCACAGAGAUCUCACUCUGGACAGUGGUGGCUGCUAUUCAGUCUGUGGAGAAGAAGAUGGAGUCCCAGGCUGCCCGGCUACAGAGCCUGGAGGGACGUACCGGGACAACUGAGAAGAAGCUGGCCGACUGUGAGAAGACAGCCGUGGAGUUCAGCAACCAGCUGGAGGGCAAGUGGGCCGUGCUGGGGACCCUGCUGCAGGAGUAUGGGCUGCUGCAGCGGCGGCUGGAGAACGUGGAGAACCUGCUGCGCACCAGGAGCUCCUGGGUGCUGCGGCUGCCACCUGGCAGCAAGGGCGAGGCCCCCAAGGUGUCCAGGUCACUUGAGAAUGAUGGUGUGUGUUUCUCUGAGCAGGAGUGGGAGAACCUGGAGGACUGGCAGAAGGAGCUCUACAGGAACGUCAUGGAGAGCAACUAUGAGACGCUGGUCUCUCUGAAGGUCCUUGGCCAGCCAGAGGGAGAAGCGGACUUGGGUACAGAAAUGCUGGGUGACCUGGAGGAGGAAGGCCCUGGUGGUACCCACCCUGGUGGUGCCCGCCCUGCGGAUGGGGCUAUGGUCAAGCAGGAGUUGCUGUACAAGCAGGAGGGCUCUGUGGGCCUCCCUGGCACAUUCUCAGGUGCUGCUGAAGAGCAGGCUUUCCUGGGCCCAGAGCAUUUUGAGCUCUGGGAUGGUCAGGGUGGACCUGUUCUCUUGGAGUCAGGCCCUGGGGACUCUAAUCUCGAGGAUCCUACUGAGGAGAGUACAGAUCUGACCAGUGACAGAAUUCUGGGCUGCUCCACAAAGCAGAAAUCCCACAGGCAGGUCCAGCUGGGUCAGGAAUGUGGGCAGGGCCUGAAGCUGAAAAAGGACACUUCUGGUUCCUAUGAAUGUUCUGAGUGUGAGAUCAGUUUCCGCUACAAGCAGCAACUGGCCACACAUCUGCAGAGCCACUCGGGGUGGGAGUCUUUCCCCACCACAGAGCCAGAGGAGAGCCUCAGGCCCAGGCCACGGCUGAAACCACCGGCCAAGAAGGCAAAGCUGCAUCAGUGUGAGGUGUGCCAAAGGAGCUUCAGCUGCAAGGUGAACCUCAUCACUCACCAGCGCUGCCACCUUCAGGAGGGGCCUAGUGCUAGCCCGCGCGUCCAGGAGAGGUUCUCACCCAACAGCCUGGUUGCCCUGCCUGGCCACAUCCCUUGGAGGAAAAGCCGGAGUUCGCUAAUCUGUGGGUACUGUGGUGGAAGAGGUGCCUGACCUAGAGCAGUAGCAGCCCUGAAGGCACAGCAUGACCUGCAUUUUUACUUAAACCUAGGACAGACAAGAAGAGGGUGUGGCUGAGACUAGCCCAGGGACCCUAGCUCCCGUGUGGAGACGACACCGUCUGGGAGGUGGUAGACAGGUAGGUGAAUUUUGGCGGGUAUCACGGGAGCACUUGGCAGCUGUUAGAAACCUUUACACUCCAGAUGGCCACUGUCCCAUCCUUGAUCAUUCUCAUGUUCCAGUUAUUGAGUGGUUUAAUGUGGCCAGCUUCCUGCCUAGAAGUGGAAAAAAUAUAAAGUAUAAAACACAGUCCUGUUUCUCCAACAAAUUCAAGUCUCCCCUGGGGCAGGGACAUAAUUAUGUCAAACAGUUGGGCUACUAGUAACAUUCAUUGAGCACUUAUGCAUGAGGCACUCUUUUAAGUUCUUUUUAUAAAAACUAGUUCUCAUACAGCCUGGAGUGGUAUGAUUUCACUGUUUCACUUAAGAGAUGUGGGAGGAGACUUGAGCAGUGUGGUGUGGCAGUGGGGACGUCAGUGCAGACCAUGUGCUUCAGAGCCCACGCUUGUCCAGGUGCUGUUGGUUAAGCUUAUGCAGUGUCAAGACUGGAUUCCAAGUCCCUGAUACCACAACUGUGGUCUCCACAUCAGCAGCACUGGCUCCCCGGGAACUUGGUGGAAAUGCGAAUCAGCAUUUUAACAAGAGCUCCAGGUGACAAAUGUACAUAGGGCACUGUCCUAAGUCACAACAAAUUAACUAACCUCUUGUCUGCUUCAACUGUCCUGCAUUGAAAGCCUGCUUAGGGAGGCACUGAGAAGAAAACAGGAAAUGGAUUGAAGCUUAGGGAGAACUGAGCUGGAAAGACUAUAGGGUGACAAAUGCCAGACAUCCCUAACCUAAUCCAUCUGUCUCCUCUCCUCCUGUUCCCAUAGUUAAGGUCCUAAUGGUCCUCACCUGAGCUACUUGGUAACCAAACUAGUCUGUUCCUCACAUGUUCCUGCUACCAGUUAUUGUUCUAGAGCACAGCUGGAUGUGGACUUUCCUCAGAACCCUGCGAUGGCAUUCACCAGCUACUGAUAGAGAUGUUUUGGUAUAGAACUGGCAGCUUCCACAGCCUACCCACCCUGUGUUUCUUCCCUUCCCCGCUCAGUGUGCUUCUGCCAGCUUGGGCUUCCCAUCUUAUUGAAUAAGCCCUGCUUUCUCUCUCACCAAUGCCCUUGGUGAACUAAACACUAUUUGGUUUUUACUGUUGAUGAAGGAUUAUGGAAAGUAGUACUCCUGUAAGACAGCUCCCCAAGAAAGUGGAGGGACGGUGUAGCUCCAGAAGUGGGAGGGGAAACAAACAUUAAACCUUUCCCAGUGCCUUCCUGAUAACAAUGGGCCCUAAAGGAAAGGGCGGAUAUAGAAUGUCAGCCCCUAAACCUUGGGUUUUCCCCAUUGACCUGGUAGUCCUGAAUGACAAGGGGCAAAAUUUGAAUACUCAUUGGAGUCUGGCUUUUUUGUUUUUGUGGUGCUGGGGAUUGAACCCAGGGCUUUGUGUUUGCAAGGCAAGCACGCUACCAACUGAGCCAUAUCCCCAGCCCCUGGGUCUGGCUUUAACCUGUACAACUAUCCCCUGAUGGUCAAAGCUGCACGUAUACAAUGAUCCCAUCACCCUCCUGGUACCCUAUAAAACCAGA